UAAAGAUGUCAUUUCCGUUCCAGUUUUUCCCACGUGUGUAAACACCAAAAGUUGUGAAAUGUAUAAAAAUUGAAUGUGUUACUUGUAUCGCCCUACUUGUAUGCAAAGUCAUUAUCAUUGUUAAGUAUGUUUUAUUUAGUUGGUUUAGGACUUGGGGACGCGAAGGACAUAACUGUCAAAGGACUAGAAAUAGUUAAAAAUGCAAAAAGGGUUUAUUUAGAGGCGUACACAUCAAUUUUGACAGUUGGAAAGGAUGCAUUGGAGACAUUUUAUGGACGUCCUGUGAUAUUGGCUGACAGACACCUGGUGGAAUCAGAGUCUGACACACUGCUUGAUGAUUCAGCCACGGAAGACAUUGCGUUCUUGGUUGUUGGAGAUCCAUUUGGUGCCACUACUCACACAGAUCUUGUAUUGCGGGCCCGACAGAAGGGAGUUCCAUACCAGGUGGUGCACAACGCGUCCAUCUUGAACGCCAUCGGCUGCUGUGGACUACAGCUGUACAACUUUGGUGAGACUGUUUCCAUUGUGUUUUGGGACGAGAGCUGGCGGCCUGAGAGUUUCUAUGACAAGAUCGGUGCCAACCUGAACCGCAGAAUGCACUCACUGUGUCUGCUAGACAUCAAAGUUAAGGAGCAAAGCAUUGAGAAUCUUAUGAAAGGUCGUAAGAUAUUUGAGCCUCCUCGCUACAUGUCUGUGAAACAAGCAGCUGAGCAACUACUGGAAAUCGUAGACAACAGACGAUCACAGAAUGUGCCAGAGGCAGAUAUACGUCUAAAUGAGGACAGCAUCUGUGUAGGCGUAGCGAGAGUUGGAGCAGAGAGGCAGACCAUCUGUACCUCCACCUUGAAGAGCAUCGUUUCAUGUGACCUCGGGGGUCCACUUCACUCACUUGUCAUCCCUGGUCAAAUGCACCCCCUCGAACUGGACAUGCUCAAACUGUUCACGACUGACCAGUGUGUUAUAGAUAUAUUGAAUAAACUGUAUACUUAAAAA